AUGGCGAUAUUCAAUUGCUUUAUUGAUUUGAAUAUUAUAUUUAGUAGUGUUCUCAUUCAUAAGGCUUUACUGAGGGAGAGUGUGGACGACAAAGAAGAAUAUAUGUCAUUCAAUAUUAUGGAGAGCACAGUAAUAUUCGAGAAAGCAAAAUUCCUAUUCGCGGGAUUGUGGUCGCCCACACUUGUCGUUGAGCGAACGAAAUUUAUUGGUUAUCAUUUGCGAGACACUUAUUUCAAGCGUGAAGGAUUGACGUUGAUUGACUUGGAGAAAGAGUACCCGAAAUGUAAGUUUGAAAACGAUGAAGAUGUUGUCAAAGUUUUGUUAGUAUACUAUGCAGAGCUUACAAUGAUGGGAAAGGACAAGCAUAUGUCCAUUGAUCUAUAUCUGUUUCAGGUUGCUGAUGAUCUUGAUUAUUUCAACAAUAUGAAUUGGGGGUCAAUGUUAUGGGACAGGACCUUAGGCGGUUUGCAACAGGCCUACUUUGGGAAGGCUAGAACAUACAGGGACAACAUGGCAAGAAAUCCAUCCUAUGUCAUAAAGUUUAGCCUCCCUGGGUUUCCACUUGCGUUUCAGAUUGUGGUAAAUACGAUGUUGGACAAGUCAGAUGAUGAGCAUGCAUAUACAUCCACCCUAGUACAGAAAGGCCAUUUCACACAUGACAGUAUGUGCAAGCGCACACAAUUGAAGUAA